AUGUCUUUUUAUUUAUUUAUAGGUGGUGUGGCUGGUGAAGGGUAUCAAUACCUAAAGACGCCAAUGUGGUGGACUGGACUUAUUCUCAUGGUUCUUGGUGAAUUUUGUAAUUUCGUUGCUUAUGCAUUUGCACCAGCUGUAUUGGUUACCCCUCUCGGUGCUCUUAGUGUGGUGAUUAGUGCCAUUCUAUCAUCCAUCUUCUUGAAGGAAAGAUUGACUUUUCAUGGAAAAGUAGGAUGUCUUCAAUGUAUUCUUGGUGCUGUGAUGAUUGUUUUACAUGCUCCUGCAAAUGUAGCCGCAGAUGCAACCGUGGAAGGAUUCAAAAGAUUGGUAUUAAGUGUUGGAUUUUUGGUGUAUGCAAGUUUGGUAUUUGUACUCUCGUUGAUAUUGAUCUUUUAUUGUGGUCCACGUUGGGGAAAAAAGAAUAUGCUGGUAUAUAUCUUCAUUUGUUCUAUUAUUGGAUCUAUCUCCGUAGUAUUUACUCAAGGAUUCGGUUCGGCUAUUGUCUAUUCAAUCAGUACUGCCAAUCAAUUCACGAACUGGUUUAUCUACAUCAUGCUAUUAAUAUUAAUCUUUACCCUUAUAUUGGAAAUUGUUUACCUCAACAAGGCUUUGAAUCUGUACAACACCGCGCUCGUCACACCAACAUAUUACGUGAUCUUCACCACCAUGACCAUCAUCAGUUCUACGGUUUUGUUUCAAGGCUUUACAGCAUCAGGUACCGAUAUUGCUUCCUGUAUCGUUGGUUUUCUCUGUAUUUGCUCUGGUGUGACCCUUUUACAUCAUUCA